CUAAAACGUGAAAUUUCAACCAAGGGAAACUAUUAAUAGCCCAUUUCCGGACGUUGUACUUUGGAGUGACAACCAACUUAUUACAUUCAUUUUGGCUCACAAUUUUGCAGAAUCGAAUCGAAUCCGAGCAAACCAAAUCAUGUUUGCCACCAGCAAGAACGAAAUAAAAAAGAGUGAGUUUGAAGCCAUGUUGGAGAAACAUGGACUGAGUCAUUGCUACACUGCCUUGAAAGGUAGCGAAGGAGCCGUCCAACUCCAGCAUGUAAUGAAUCUCAAAAAGAUUGCCGUUCAGGAAGAUGGAGAAGCUGCUCUGGCCAAGGCAUUGGGAGAAGCCGGUGUUGUUUCUGUCGAAGAUCAAAAGUCAUUGGCUGUCCUAUUGCGCAAGCAAAUCGAAGAACGCGGUGGCUUGCCUAUGAAGCCGGUUGAGGCAGCAACCUUGGAAGGCGACACGGCUGCCUGGAAGGCUGGCAUCGCCAAGGAAGAUGGGACGCUUCCCACUGAAAUACAAGGCGCCGAAGAGAAAGAAGAAAAGAAAAAGGAAGCAUUCAUCGAUGAAGCUGGCACGGUGUGGCCAGCAGGAAUGAAGAUUGUAAAUGGCCAUCUGGCCCAGAGCAUCCGAGCCCAGGGUAUGCUCAAAGAACCCAAUGAAUUUGGCUACAUUCACAUUGCCGCAGAGAUCGAAAUGCCAUCCCCCUUCCACAAGAACAGUGCCAUGAAAGCUGGUCUCCUGGAAGAGCUCAAGGUAGCGUGUAAAGAGCUCCUGGAGCUGUAUCCAGGGGAAGUUCAACGGGCUGACGUCUUCGACGCCUUUAUCAUUCCACCGGGCUCCAAAGAAGGUCGCGAAGUUCUUGACAAGGGCAACUAUGACAUUCACGUUGCCGAGUUCGACACAGCCGUAUUGAUUGAGUGUGUCAACCCCGAUGCGGCUGUGCGAAUCCGUGCCACACCAGACUUUGCAAAGAUGAAAGGAAAGAUUGAUAAGGUGGCUCGCUUUGUCCACUGUAUCACCUGCUCCAACGCCAAACGAAUCGAUGAAGUCAGCAAGGAGACCGAUGGUGUCUUUUUGUUUAAUUACUUUUUCGCUGCCGACAUGGAGUCGAAAGGUUCUGAGGGCAUUGAUAUUCUCAAAAGUGUGUGGGAAUACACUGCUGGAUGGUGGACGGCCAACGCCAAUCUCGACAACUCGACGCCAUUGUUGCCCUUGGAAGGCGAAUGUUCCCAGUACAGCUUGAUCAAUCACUGCCGCUGGAAUAAGGGCCUAGAUGUUUUCCCGCACUUGAUUUUUCGUCCGUCCCUGGAUCAAUUCGUGCUCAAGAACUUCACCGCCAACGACAUCAUGGCCAUGCCCGUUCUUUGCCACCUGGCUUAGACAGCAACGCAAAGCUGUACUGCACACGAUUCUCCCUUUGUCUUGUCUUGGCUUGACUUCCGCCGCUAGUUCCACAUCAAAACAAAAACAAAAAACGGAAAACUGUGGCAGCAACUGUCCUUUGGAGGGAAGCAAGGAUCGCACAAAUCAAUAUCACAUCAAUUACCAAACCAACACGCUCCGAACCACCAGCACCAACUUCUCGGACGCCGUAUGAAUACAUGUAAUAAAAAGACAAUGAACAGCGCCGUUACCAAGAAAGGAAACACAACGGUUACCUAUCAGUUCCAACACCAGCGUUGAAGAAGCAGAUACCGACCGUAGCGAGAUAAUCCUUGACCAUUGUCGUUUUGCUUUAGAGUUAACUUGGACUUCAGAAUAGUUAUCCCGCAGUACUUGGCAUCCAACCCUUCGGUAUCGCGCCAGGGGCAGCAGCCGCAGUCGCCAUCGCCAGAGCGGCAUCGCUUCGAGCAUCCUUCUGCAUUCUGUACCGG